UCAGGAGAACCAUAAAUUGGCUUCGCCUGUCAACUACAAUUUCCAUCACUCAACCUCCUUGGAUUACUCUCAGAUACCUCCUGCUCCGCGCCAAGCUGCUGGUAGUGUGUUUGCCAGCUUGUUCGCUUCGGGAACUGCCGGGCAGAUCCCAGUCAAGAGUCUCUUGACAAACGGGGGUGGCGCGGGUACUGCAGCAGGACCAUCUUGUAGCGAUAGAGUUGGAACAAGGUCGGGAUCAGUAGCAGCAGCAGGAGAAGAAGGAGGAGGAGGAGGAGGAGGAGGAGGAGGAGGAAGUGGUGGAGGACAUGCAGGACAGAUAGUCAUGAAGGGAGGGGAAGUAGAGAGAUUGCCACUGUCGUCCCGGAUGUCGUCCGAUCAACACAACUCCGACAUGAUGAUGAUGAGAGGGGUGGGGAACGAAGUGCUGCGUCGGCACGACGUUUAUCAUCAUCACGUCAAUCGUGGGAUAGGAGGAGCCUUCGAAUCUCCUCCCACCCCGUCUGGCAAGCUGAGUCCUGUUCCCGGCGCUCAUCAUUCGAGAGGGUCGGAUGCAUUGAAUGGAGGACCCGGGAGCUCGAUGUUGCUGCACUCUGGUGAACCGAGGAGUUGUUCGUCACUUGGAGUUUCUGAUGGAGGAGGUGGGAUUGGGAGGAUGCCGUGGACGCCGCUGGCAACGAUGGGUCAUUACUCCGAACGCCAUCGGCAGCAGGAACGAGGUCAGCAGCAGCAGCCCCGGGCUCAUCAUCGGCAGCAGGGAAGAGCUAAAGGAGGGGAGGCGGAGGAAGGGAGUGGGGAGUGCGGCGGCGCAUCAUUUGCUGCUGAGGGCCAGGGUGGUGCGCGCCACCAUGAGGGAGACAACAACAGCGAUCACGAGGAUGACAGCAGGUCACCGUGUCUGGCAGUGCGGGAAACGAUGACGGCGGCAACGGAAGUGGAAGGAGAAGGAGAGGGGGAAGGGGGCGAGGGAGGGGGGGGGGAUUCCUCUGGAGGCUCCGCCGAGGCGGAGGGGGGGGCGGACGCAUCUUCGCGGACGGACGCCCUUCUCCGCGCAAGAUGUUGUGGGGUUCUUGGGCGAGGAAGAGGUGAAGAAUCUGCGGGACUCUCCCAUCAUCAACUGGCUGUGCCGGGAUCGGGAUUUGGCUUGACGUGGCUGGGGGCUCGCCGCAACGAGGGGGAAGUUCGGGAUCCCGGGAACGGGCAAUCGCAGCUGCGCAGGAGCAUCUCGACUCUGGGCCAGUCAUUGAGUCAAGGAGCAGAGGGAGGGUGGGUGGAAUGGGAGGAGGUGGAGGAGGAAGGGGAGGAGGAGGAGGAGGGGGAAGAGAUGGGGAGACAGCAGCAGCUCAUCUCGAUCAACAAAUCCAUAAUAAUAUUGAAGAGAUAUCCGGACGGCUUGGUGACGAAAACGAUUGCCGGUGUGUGGGGAAGAACAGCUGCGGUGGUCGCGAUACCGACCAAACUGUCGCGGUUAUUCCCCGCCCGCAUGUGAGCAUGCAAGAGGCCGGUGACGGGAUAAUGCAAAGCAGAGAAACUCAGCUUGAAAGGACCAGCGGCAGCCUUCCUCCUCAUCACGAGGACCUAGCCUCAGAAUCACGUCCCACUUCCGGCUUUACCCCUACCGCAGCAGCGGCAGCAGCAGCAGGGGGACAG